AUGGCAACUGAGGUGGCAUUUGACACGUCCAUGGGCUCCUUCUCCGUGGAGCUCUACGGAACCCACGCGCCUAAGACAUGCAAAAACUUCGCGACCCUCGCCGAACGUGGUUACUACAACAAUGUCAUCUUCCACCGCAUCAUCCCUAACUUCAUGGUCCAAACCGGCGAUCCCACCGGCACCGGUCGAGGAGGUAGCUCUAUCUAUGGCGACAAAUUCGAGGACGAGAUUCGAGGAGAAUUGAAACACACCGGCGCUGGAAUUCUGAGCAUGGCGAACAGUGGACCAAAUACCAAUGGUAGUCAAUUCUUCAUUACUCUUGCGCCAACACCUUGGCUGGAUGGAAAGCACACGAUUUUCGGCCGAGUCAAGAGUGGCAUGAGAGUGAUCCAGCGCAUGGGACUCGUCAAGACCGGUGCGGAGGAUAAGCCAGUCGAUGAGCUCAAGAUUAUUCGGGCUCGGGUGAUUGAAGCCGGGGCGCAGGAGUGA